AAAGCCUGACAUCAUAGAAUAAGAAUCAGUUUCAGGCAAAGAGAAGGGGAAGAGAAUUGGAUUGAACGAGCUUGUGCACAUCACUUCCAUACUUACGACAGACAUGAUGAAGGCCAUCCUACAGUGUGUGUUCCUCGCCGCUCUCCUCACGAUGUGCCUCUGCUACGAUUCCCACGAGAGUCAGGAAUCACUUGAAGACCCAUUUGUCACUCGGUACCGGGCCAAUUCCUUCUUCAACACCCAAAGAGGAUCCAUCUACAACAACUACAACUACAGAAGGUUGGUGAAGUCACCAGCAGAACGACGCGCGGAGGUCUGCGAGGAUUUCUUUCCGUGUCGCCUGUAUGCCAAUCGCCACGGCUCCCACGUGGCCUAUCAGAGGUUUUUUGCCUCCCGGAAUCCAUGGAACGGAAGAUACUGAUCAUCGCAAGCGGCGGCGUGACUCUCCGUUAAAUCAACCAGCGUUUAAGCUUUGUGCGUUUAUUUUAUCCCCACGUCUUAUCGUGCGCGUCUAGUUUACGGCGCAGUAAAUAUCGGUAGAAAGGCUAGCUGAUCUGCUCAGAUCACUCAAGCCAAUUAUUAUUCCUAGUUCGUUAAAAUUCAAAGCACACAACAAGGGGACCUUCGAAUGUAUUUUCAUGAAUCAGCAGUUCUCAACUUUUCUCUGUUCACUUUUCUACUUUUGUGGCCAUCAAGGUUCAAGUUUUUAUAGACAUUCGUACAUUGUAUAAAAUUAAUCAGCAACGUGUCAAACGAAAACAUACAAACAAAUGCAAAAGAAAAAUAUAGCGGCAUUGCGUCAAUAUUUUUGGCUGUUUGCUACAGAAAAUGAUAAACGUAAACCACCGUUACAGUAGCUGCUAAACAUACGAUGGAUGUCGGGGUCCUGCCUACUUUUCAUGAUUUUGUGUAGAACUAUUUUAACUUUCGUGUUUUCCAUAUAAUUCUUACAAUAAAGUUAUUUUGAUGUACCAAAAAA